AUGGGUGGUGAGAUGAUUUAUAUAUUAGAGCAACGUUUAUCCGCUCAGGAAAUUGCCGAUCAAAAAUCAACAAAAGUGUUGCAUGAUAUUAUUGGUACAAUGUUUAAUAAAUCAUUUAUCGAAGAAAUAUUUCGUCCACAAGAACCCUAUCCAAAAAAAGCUAUGAGAAAUAUUUUUGAAAAAUUAGCUCAUUCGAGUAUAAUGCGUUUAAAUGAUGCUAGUAUGGAAAAAGUAAGCGAUGAGACUAACAAGGAAACCUAUCGAACUGUUACCUCGCUUUUUCAGCCAAACCCAGCGGAUUAUAGGUAUUCAACCACACUGAUUCCGAAUAUGAAUAUGAGAGCUACCCUUAGGCCUUCGAGGACCCGAUUAUCUGGAUUACCAGUUU